CCCACUAGUACAUGUUCUGGUGUUUCCAAUGGCAGUAGAGAAUAAUGCCAGAGUGGAUGCGAGAGAGAGUGGGAGAGGGAAAGAGAGAGUGGCAGAGGGAGAGAGAGAGAGAAUUUCCAGUGAUGAAAUUGGUCUCCAGGCUCUCCGCGGACUUAUGUCAAAUGAAAGGGUUCAGCAAUGAGAGCGCGAGAAUCUGCGUGUGACUUUGCCUCCUCAUCACUUUAUCUCGUGAAAGGAGGAAAUUAAAACUGGUUUUGCAUUGUGCUGUUCACACGGCGGCUUUCUUAAGGAAGCGGUCAUGAGAAACGGUUGAGUUCUUUAGGUACGCCGCGCAUAUAAGAUCAGCAUGGACUAAAUGAAUUGAAUUCCACCACCCACCCGGUUCUAUGCGAUCUCUGCGAACACUAUGAAAUCGCGUCGUCUUGCUGCGUGUGGGUACUAGCGUGAACGUUAAAAGGGGAUUCUCUUCCCUCGCGGUGUGUGACGGACAGAGGUUUAUCCGCACCGAAUCAAAAGAGGAUUUAGGUACCAAACGAAUAUUUUACCUCCCGUGUAACACAAGAAACUGCCGAAACUUUACAGAUGGCCCUGGUCAUGGAACCUGUUAGCAAAUGGAGCCCAAGUCAAGUGGUUGACUGGAUGAAAGGGCUGGAUGACUGUCUGCAGCAGUACAUUAAGAACUUUGAGCGGGAGAAAGUCGGGGGAGACCAGCUGCUGAGGAUCACCCACCAGGAGCUGGAGGACCUCGGGGUGUCCCGCAUCGGUCACCAGGAGCUUAUACUGGAGGCUGUGGACCUGCUCUGUGCUCUGAACUACGGUCUGGAGACGGAGAACCUGAAGACCCUCUCGCACAAGCUCAACUCCUCGGCCAAGAACCUACAGAACUUCAUCGCAGGGCGCCGGCGCAGUGGUCACUAUGACGGCCGCACCACCCGCAAACUCCCCAACGACUUCCUCACCUCGGUGGUGGACCUCAUCGCCGCCGCAAAGAGCCUGCUGGCCUGGCUGGAUAGGUGCAACUUCUUUUUCAGGUCACCCUUUGCUGCAGUCACGGACUACUCGGUGACCAGGAACAACGUCAUCCAGCUUUGCCUGGAGCUCACCACCAUUGUACAACAGGAUUGCACUGUCUACGAAACAGAAAAUAAAAUCCUCCAUGUGUGUAAGACGUUGUCAGGAGUGUGUGACCACAUCAUCUCGCUGUCAUCCGACCCACUGGUCUCCCAGUCUGCUCAUCUGGAGGUGGUCCAACUGUCCAACAUCAAGCCAACCGAGGGACUGGGCAUGUACAUUAAGUCGACGUAUGAUGGCUUACAUGUGAUCACAGGAACCACGGAAGGGUCCCCUGCUGACCGCUGUAAGAAGAUCCACGCAGGAGACGAGGUGAUCCAGGUGAACCAUCAGACAGUGGUGGGCUGGCAGUUGAAAAACUUGGUAAACUCUCUGCGCGGCGACCCCGCCGGCGUGACGCUGACGCUGAAAAAGCGUCCCCAGAGCACGCUGACCUCCGCUCCCGCCUUACUAAAGAACAUGCGAUGGAAGCCUCUGGCCCUGCAGCCGGUUGCCCCCAAGAGUCCCACCAGCAGUUCGGCCACGCCCACCAGUACAAUCAGCACGCCUUCCAAGAGAGACAGCACCGCCCUCCAGGACCUCUACAUCCCGCCCCCUCCCUCAGAGCCCUACACACCCAGAGACGAGAGGGGGAACUUACCAAGCGAGGACCUUCAGAGCAUCAUCUCCGUGGCCAAGGGCUCAGAGUCGCCCAACUCGUUCCUGGAUCAGGAGUACCGGCGGCGUUUCCCCCUGAUGGAGGAGGAGGCCAUGCUGUACUGCUACGAGUACGAGCCCAGCACCCGCGACAGAGAGCGAGAGCAGGCCACCACCCACAGGGACAGGGACAGGGACAGGGACAGGGACAGGGACACCUCCACCUACGGGAGAUUGCGGCCCAUCUCUAUGCCUGUGGAGUACAACUGGGUGCCAGACUACGAGGACCCGGCCAAGUUAAAGAGAGAGGGCAGGAGAGAUAACUCCCUGCUGCGGUAUGUGGGUGAAGACAAAGGCCCGCCCGAGGAGUACCUGACGGGCCGCAGCGCCAAGCGGGACACGGGCAAGCGGGGCAAGAAGCGCAGCGAGAAGGGUGGCAGCCCGGCCCACUACAGCCUGCUGCCCGCCCUGCAGAUGGAGGUGCUGCGCCAGGAGUCCAUGUCCACCCCCAGCCCUGACUCCACCUCGCUCUACCACACCUUCCAGGCAUCAUCCCUGCUGUCGAAAACCAAGAAGAAAAGCAAGGCAGGUCCCAUGUCUAGCAUCAGUAAGCGGCGGAUCUCCUGUAAGGACCUGGGCCGCGGUGACUGUGAGGGCUGGCUGUGGAAGAAGAAGGACGCCAAGAGCUACUUCUCUCAGAAGUGGAAGAAGUACUGGUUUGUGCUGAAGGACACCUGCCUGUACUGGUACAUGAAUGAGGAGGACGAGAAGGCUGAAGGAUUUGUCAGCCUGCCUGAGUUCAAAAUCGACCGUGCUAGCGAGUGCCGCAAGAAAUAUGCGUUCAAAGCCUGUCACCCGAAAAUCAAGAGCUUCUACUUCGCUGCCGACAGCGUGGACGACAUGAACAGAUGGCUGAGCCGGCUGAACAUGGCGGCGGCCGGCUACGCCGAGCGGGAGAGGAUCAGGCAGGAGCAGGCUGACUACUGGAGUGAGAGUGACCAUGAGGACAACGAGACGCCAUCGACCCCUAAGCAGGACAGCCCUCCACCCCCUUAUGACACCUACCCACGCCCACCCUCAAUGACCUGUGCCAGUCCCUACCUGGAGCCUAAGCACGGGCGCCUGUCCUCCACCGAGACUUCCCAGUCGCGCUCGUCCCACGAGGAGUACCGCAGCGAGCCACAGGGGGGAAGCAGCAGCGGCGGCGGCUCCCCGGCACGCAAGUCGGCCAGCCAGCGGCGCUCGUGGCAGGACCUGAUCGAGACGCCGCUCACCAGCUCAGGCCUGCACUACCUGCAGACUCUCCCGCUGGAGGACUCCGUCUUCUGCGAGCCCGGCGCCGGCCUCUCCCCAGAGGCCCGCCGGCAGUCCACGCUGCCCGCCCAGAGGAGCCUGAUGGCGGACCACUACGGGCCGAUGGUGGGCGAGGGCGCGGUAGGCGCCGGGGCCGGCCUGGGGGGACAGGGCAUGGGGAUCGGGGUGGGCAACCGGAUGCUGCUCCUGCCCGACCCAGGCCUGGCGGCGGGCGGGAAGCCGCGCAGCUUCACACUCCCCCGGGACAGCGGCCUCCACGCCCUCCUCACGCCCUCCGUCAGCGUGGAACACCGUGACCCACAGCGCCGGGAGCUGGUCCGUUGCCUUGACAAUCCCAAUGGUGAGCAGCAGGAGCACAGGCACGCCGACUCUCUGGGGGACCUGUACCGAGCCCUGGAGAAGGCCAGCCUGUCGCCUCUUGGAGACCCACGCCUCUCCACGCGCCUCGACUACAAGCGUUCGUUCGUCCGACGCUGCAACGACCCACUACUCAACGAGAAGCUGCACCGCCUGAGGAUCCUGCAGAGCACACUCAAGGACAGGGAAGGGGAAGUAGCUGUGAUUGACAAGCUGCUGACCAAUCCACAGCUGACCUCUGCCUCACUGCGGGAGUGGAAGAGAAUGUACCUGGAGCUGUUCUCAGAGGAGCCGCAGCACGAGCGAGAGUGCGAGCGCGAGCAGCCGCCCAGCCCCCAGUCAGAGCCCAGCCCUGGCCCACCCACGCUCUCACACACACACUCCUACAUCGAGACGCAUGUGUGACUCACACAGGCUACAUUCACAUACCAACACACACACACACACACACACUUAAAUGCUUUUAUUUGAAUCCAUAAGUUUAAAGACACAUGCAAACAAUCACACACACACAUCGCUACAUUAAUAUACAUUUGACUGACAUAUGAAGAUAGAUUCAUGCACACUCACACACAUUUAGGAACAUUUGACUCACCAACACACACCUACAUGAAGACCUAUGUCUGACUCACAGACACCUACACAUAUGCAUACACAUGCACGUAUGUAGGCACACAUACAUAGAGUCACACACACACUCAAAUUCCUAUAUCGAGACCGGUCUGACUCACACACUUUUCUCAGAUGGUGCCCCAAAGAGGCUUUAGAAGUUAGCUGCGCAAUUGUAGAUGAACACCCACUCAAAUGAUUCAUGCUAGCCAUGGAUGGUGUCAUCCAAUGCAAAACUACUCUUUAUACACAGGCAUACAUAUGCAUAUUAUUGUCACUAUGAUUAUCAUUACUGACACUAUUUCAGAUAUUUUAUACCUGCAGAGUUGUAUGCUUUUAAACUCAAACAAGCUGACUGACUUAGUAUUUCUGUGAACAUAAUGCAAGUAAGCAUGCAAAUCAUACACGCACACACACACACACACACACACACACACACACACACGCACACGUACACGCACACAAAGCCACUCUGCCUACAGGCAUUACAGUGUUCUGGGUUUGAGCAGGGUGGUUGCCAUGGUUACCUAUUUGCCCAGAGACUCACGAACUAAUGGAUUGAGAGAAAGAAAUGGGGAGGGUGAAUCACCUCGACACCACCCCCCACACACACACACACACAUAAACGCUCAUACACAUUCCUAACCUGGGGACUGAGUAUGCGAUAUCGAUUUGGAGUUGGACUGUGAAAGAUUUGGAUCCCGUGUGGUCCAGACUUCAUCAUGUGUGGAAGGAACCAGCGUCACAAAUAUGGAAAUACACAUACACACACACACACACACACACAUACACACAUACAUACCUGCUGAAGUGACUUUGCAUCUCUAGUCUUGUGGGAAAUUUAAACUUCAAAGCACAGAAUUGGUACUGUAUGACUUUCUACCGUGUUAAAGGGAUGGUGUGUAUGCAUGUGUGUGAAUGGUUCCAGAGAGCGGUUCCACUCUAUAGAGUGUGAGAGGCACUCAGGUGUGUCAUGCAUGGAUUGUGAACUGAGGCAUGACCGUAGUUCCAUCUGUGUGUGUGUGUGUGUGUGUGUUUUUGUGUGUGUGUAUGUGUGCACUGGAGGCUCCAACACACCUGGCCCUGUCCUGUAAGAUAUGCCUGUUUACCGGCCAGUGGGCAGCCGAGAGCUUUAGAGAAGCCUGAAAAUACCCAAUCCUCUGGAGAGGUUAGAGUACUUUUAAAAGGGUGCACACUCCUGCACCCUGGACGAACUCACAGGCAGGCUCUCUCUGUGUGUGUGUGUGUGUGUGUGUGUGUGUGUGUGUGUGUGUGUGUGUGUGUGUGUGUGUGUGUGUGUGUGUGUGUGUGUAUGCUCUUGCUGUAUGUGGGUAGCUUUGCGCGCACAUACUGUAGAGUGCUUUUGAAUAUGAACUCUUUUACUCCAGGAUAGUAGGAACAUUUUGUAUCGUGGAUCACGCUGUUACUCUAUACACAGUAUGGACUUCUCCAAAAUGUUUUUUUUUUAUUUACUAAACAUGUGCUGGAACUCUGCAUUAAUCCAUAUUAGAUUAGAUUAGCCAGGGUUCCGUGCUCUUCUCUUCAGUAUUUCACCUUUGACCCUGGAGUGCCACAGAGCACUCUAGGAAGAAAAGUGCAGUAGACACACAGGUAGACGUGUCCGCUCUUCCUGUAACACCUAGAGGGGAACACGCUCCAUCAGUCUCAAUGCCGCCACUGCAGACUUUAGUGAAGGCAUGCAAGACUGUUGCCGUGGUUACCGAAACCACCCACAACCCCUGUCUCCAGUGGUGACCGUUUCCCUGGUAUUUAUAACGAAACUGUGUUUUGUUUGUUUGUUUUCAGGUCAACAUUUAUAGACAUUAAGACAACCUGAAGCACUUGUAAAGUAUAUUCGUGUGUAUGCACACACACUGCAUUGUUGCACUGCAUGUUUUACCAGGUAUAGUGUGAGAUUCAUUUGAGUAUUCUGUGUUUCUUUGUCAACACUUAAACAUUGAAAAGCUCAGUGUUAAUCUUGUAACUGAAUUGCUUUUUUUUUUUUUUUGUCUGUGAGACUAGAGACUGGGAAUGAUUACAAAGAAAACUAUCAAAAGCAAUCAUGCUCUCAGAGGAAAGACAGAGUACUUAUUUUGUGUAACUUAUAGAUUAUCCAAAUGGUUGUGAAUAGUUUAUAGUAAGCCUAGACAUGUAUAGACAAUCUAAGAAUGUACUACUGCUGAUGGAUCUAAAAGCCACUGAUGUGUAUGUGUCGACUGGAGUGAUUGUUCAGGGAGGACAUUUCUUUGCUAGAAAUGGCACAUCCAUUUUCAUCACAUUUCUCUGACCAAUCAUAAUACCAACGUGGCCAACUAUCAUUAUCCACAUUCCUCUCAUCCAGGUAACCUUUGACCUUUAAGCUCUGAGUGUGGCUCAACUAACCAUGGUCCAUGACAACAGAGCACCCAUGGGGUUAUAUGUUGUGUUUAAACCUGUUAUCCCUGUCAUUUUUAUCAGUCUGUGAGUAUUUAUUUACUUAUUUAUUCAUUUAUUUAUUUACAGAGCUGUUCAAUCCAGCAACAUGUUCAAUCUCCACACCAUGUACUAAAAACGAGUCAAUAAAAUGUAGUUUAUUGCAAACUAGUUGCGUCAUCA